GGAUAUAAAAGGGAGAGAGACGGCGAGCGGCGACUGAGCAGAGGAAAGUCUGGACAGGGCAAACUCGGGAGAUCUUAACAAGCAGCAGAAUGCGCGAAAUAGUCCAUAUACAGGCCGGACAAUGUGGGAACCAAAUCGGAAGCAAGUUUUGGGAAGUGAUUAGUGAUGAACACGGAAUCGACCCCGAGGGCAAUUACAAUGGAGACUCUCACUUGCAGUUGGAGAGGAUCAAUGUCUAUUAUAACGAAGCGACGUCACAGAAAUAUGUCCCCAGGGCCAUCUUGUUGGACUUGGAGCCAGGGACGAUGGACAGUGUUCGAUCGGGUAGUUUAGGACAACUUUUUAGACCCGAUAACUUUAUCUUCGGACAAACAGGUGCAGGGAAUAACUGGGCCAAAGGACACUACACAGAAGGUGCUGAACUUGUUGACUCGGUAAUGGAUGUGCUGAGAAAGGAAUGUGAGAACUGUGACUGCCUCCAAGGGUUUCAACUCACUCAUUCACUGGGAGGUGGCACAGGCUCUGGUAUGGGCACACUCCUGAUCAGCAAAAUUCGUGAAGAAUAUCCUGAUAGAAUUAUGAACACCUUCAGUGUUAUGCCAUCUCCUAAAGUAUCAGACACUGUAGUUGAGCCUUAUAAUGCCACCUUGUCAGUUCACCAGUUAGUUGAGAACACAGAUGAAACAUAUUGUAUCGAUAAUGAAGCACUGUAUGAUAUCUGCUUCCGUACUUUAAAACUGACCACUCCAACAUAUGGGGAUUUGAACCAUCUAGUGUCUGCAACAAUGAGUGGAGUGACAACAUCUCUGCGAUUCCCUGGCCAGCUGAAUGCAGAUCUGAGGAAGCUGGCAGUAAACAUGGUGCCCUUCCCUCGAUUGCACUUUUUUAUGCCUGGCUUUGCCCCUCUUACAGCCCGGGGCAGUCAACAGUACCGCACCCUUUCAGUCUCCGAGCUCACCCAGCAGAUGUUCGAUGCCAAAAACAUGAUGGCCGCCUGCGACCCUCGCCACGGACGUUAUCUGACUGUCGCUACUGUGUUCCGAGGUCCCAUGUCAAUGAAGGAAAUAGAUGAGCAGAUGCUUGCAGUCCAGAAUAAGAACAGCAGCUAUUUUGUGGAAUGGAUCCCCAACAAUGUCAAAGUGGCCGUUUGCGACAUUCCACCCCGGGGGCUCAAAAUGGCCUCCACCUUUAUCGGGAACAGCACAGCCAUUCAAGAGCUCUUCAAACGGAUCUCGGAACAGUUUUCAGCCAUGUUCCGCCGGAAGGCUUUCCUGCACUGGUUCACUGGGGAAGGAAUGGACGAAAUGGAAUUUUCUGAAGCAGAGAGCAAUAUGAAUGAUCUGGUAUCUGAAUACCAGCAGUAUCAAGAUGCAACAGCUGAUGAAGGCGAGGAUUUUGAAGAGGAUGAGGAAGAACUGGAUGAGGCUCAAUGAAGCAAAUGAUACUGUUCAAUGUUUCAACAUUUUGCCUUUGUCAAUAUCUAUAAAAGAUUUCUGGGUUAGAAGAUAUAAUGUUCCAAGUUGAAGCUAUUUUUGUCUAUCCCCAAUCCCUAGUUGAUGUGCCUUUGCUAUAAUUAACAACUGUAAGAGACUGAAGUUCAAAAUAAAUAUUGGAAGUAGCUUGUAGGUCAAGAAAUAAGGUGGCAACUGGUUUUUGUAUUACAAAUUGAGCUUAUUAAAAUGCUACAACCCUAA